AUGGCAGAAGAUGGCAAUCCAUUGCCCUCGACAGAACAGAAAGAUGCACCACCGCGUCGCCCAUCUCUGCUACCCGCCUUCGAACCGCUCUCGUCCUCACCAGGCCUGCCUCGAGCGGCCAAGCGGAAAUUCGACGAGCUAGAUGACCGCCCAUACUAUCCCACGCCCGUGCCGACAUCAUCUACCGGUGUCCUUCCAUCUUCACCACCCUCGCGUCUGACACGUCCGGGACUUCAACGCCAGAUCUCAGCCCUCUCCGAACGCGCUCCAUUGGGCGAUGUUCCGUCUCUUAACCUCCCCAUCAAUGGCGAGCCAGUCCUCAUGGGACGCUCCAGCAAUUCUUCCGACUACCAGCUCUCCGCCAACCGUCACAUUUCACGCGUGCACGUGCGUGCUUCGUAUCACGCUCCCGACGAUGCAUGGCCCAAUGGCAAGGUCGAGGUGGAGUGUCUGGGUUGGAAUGGAGCAAAAGUGCACUGUCGUGGAGAGAUUGUCAGUCUGGCGAAGGGAGAACUGUUCGAGUGCGGCAAACCUCUGAGCCAGAUCAUGGUGGACGUGCAGGAUACGCGUGUCAUGCUCGUGUGGCCGAAGGAUGAUGCACGCGACCCACCAUCCGUCGAGUCGAGAUCACCAUGGGCAGUCGACUCUCCAUCCAAGCGCCAGAACCCGACUCCCAUCGCGUCAAGCCCACCUGUUAUGCUGCCACCUCGUCCAGCAUCUCCCGUCUCGCCAAGCCCCGGUCUCAACGGCCUCAGCUUUGGUGCCACUUUCUCAUCGACUUUCCGCGCCGACUCUGCUCCCGUCCAGAUCUACGAGGACCACAACUCGGACGAGGAUGCUCCCCACGACCCUACACCUGAGCCAGAACACGAACCAACUCCCACUCCUAAACUCACCACCUGUUCGAAGGACAUCCUCAACGAGUCCAAGACCAGUCUCGCCUCUGAGCAAGAAGAGUUCUCCGAGCAUGAUGAGGAGAACGAUCCCAUUGUGCAUUCCUUUGGUCCAUUCGGUGACAACAUCAUGUCUCACUUCCAGUCCUUCCAGGCCAGUUCUCCAGAACGACAGCGCAAGCCGCUGAAGUCGUCCUUCAAUUCGCCAGGUCGCAGUGUCUCAGCACCUCAGUUCCGCGCCAGUCCAGUCAAGAACCAUGUUAUCAACCAGCUCGCCUUCUCCCGCAUUCACUCCCUACCGCUGUCGACCAUCCACAGCAACCUUCCAGCAGAGCUUCGUGGAGCCAUGGCGAAGCCGUCUGACACCGAGAAUCGAGACGUGCUGUCCGCUUCUGAGUUGAAGACCCUGCUGGACUCUAUCCCCUGCGUUGGUGAGAUCAGUCGGGAAGGCAAAGACGCCGCCGGCAAGCUGUUGGAAAGCGAGUUCUACUAUGUCCCAGAGAUGGACGUCGAUACCAUGCGUCGGGAUACCGUCACCCAGAGUCUGGGCAAGACCAGUAUCCGAGCUGCUAGAAAGCAGCACAAGCAAUACUACUGGAAGCGUCCACGCUUUUAA